AAAUUGUCAAGUUAUUAAUUCAAAAUUAUUUGCCUAGUGAAUUACCUUAUUCAAGUUUUUCCACUUGUUCUUUUACAAAUAGCCAUAGACAGAAUUCCCAACUUAGAUCAAAUGCCCAACUGCCAUGCUCUUCUCUUUCAAAUAUUUGACCGUUGCUUCCCGCCUUAACCACACUCUCAGCUCAUUCCACCAAUUCAAGUCUCAAACUCAUGAAACUCUUCAUGCACUCCUGCACAAAUGUUCCUCCAUGAAAGAAAUAAAGCAAAUCCAUGCCCAAAUCAUCCUCAAUGGCCUCGUCAAUGAGACUUUCACUCUCGGCAAGUUAAUCUCUUUCUGUGCUGUUUCUGAUGCAGGUAAUAUCGACUAUGGGCAACUCGUAUUUAAUCAAAGUCCUGAGUCCAAUAAAUUCAUGUACAAUAGUCUAAUAAGGGGUUACUCCAGUAGUAAUGAUCCCAUAAAGUCUAUAUUAUUGUAUCGCCAAAUGAUUGAUUGUGGUCUUUCUCCAAAUGAAUUCACUCUCCCUUUUGUACUUAAAGCUUGCGCUUCGAAAUUCGCGUUUUGGGUAUCCCUACUUGUCCACGGCCACGCUGAAAAAUUGGGUAUUGGGUCUCAUGUUUGUGUGCAAAACGGCCUGAUCCAUGCAUAUGUUGCCUGUGGGUUUAUACAGUAUGCGCGGGAUGUGUUUGAUGAUAUGUCUGAUAGGACCUUGGUUUCUUGGAAUUCGAUAAUUGGUGGGUACGCCAAAAUGGGUCGGCGUAAAGAAUCGUUUUUAUUGCUUAACGAGAUGAGAGAAAUUGGGAUGGAGCCUGAUGAGUUUACUUUGGUUCACUUGCUUUCACUCUGUUCACAGAACCGUGAUAUAGUUCUGGGCAAGUUUGUGCAUUUGUAUAUUGAGAUAACGGGGAUGGAGAUAGAUUUAAUUGUGAGAAACGCUCUUCUAGAUAUGUAUGCAAAAUGUGGGCAACUGCAAUCAGCUGAAAGAGUUUUUGAGCGGAUGCUUGAUAAAAAUGUGGUCUCUUGGACCUCUAUGGUUAGUGCAUAUGCUAAAAAUGGGCUUGUCGAAUUUGCUCGGCGAAUUUUUGACCAGAUGACAGUGAAGAAUGUGAUUUCUUGGAAUUCAAUGAUUUCUUGUUAUGUUCAGGGUGGUCAAUGGCGGGAAGCUCUAGAUCUGUUCCAUGAGAUGAAUAAUUUGGGAGUGAAGCCUGAUGAGGCUACCCUACUUUCUGUUCUUCCAGCCUGUAGUCAACUUGGUGAUUUAGCCAUGGGAAAGAAAAUCCAUGAUUACAUACAUAGCACUUGUAGUACACCUAGUGUUAAUUUAUGUAACUCAAUUAUAGACAUGUAUGCAAAAUGUGGAGGUCUUAAGUUUUCCAUGGAUAUCUUUAACAGGAUGCCGAAUAAGAAUUUGGUGUCCUGGAAUUCUAUUAUUGGGGCCCUUGCAUUACAUGGUUGUGGACCAGAGGCAGUUGAGCUCUUUGAAAAGAUGCAAGCUGAAGGUGUUUGUCCUGAUGAGAUAACCUUCACAGGGUUGCUUUCUGCUUGUAGUCAUAGUGGUCUUGUAGACAUUGGGCGACAUUACUUUUACAAAAUGAGCUCUGUUUACGGGAUUCAAUAUGAAAUUGAGCAUUAUGCAUGCAUGGUUGAUCUUCUUGGUCGAGGAGGUCAAUUACAUGAAGCUAUUAGGUUAAUAAGAGGAAUGCCAAUGAAACCUGAUAUUGUGAUUUGGGGUGCUUUACUUGGUGCAUGUAAGACCCAUGGAAACGUUAAGAUAGGGAAACAAAUCCUGAAACAGUUGUUGGAAUCAGAGCCACACAGUUCUGGUGUCUAUGUCCUUCUAUCGAACUUGUACUCUGAUGCUGGAAGAUGGGAAGACAUGAAGAACAUUCGAAAACUAAUGAAUGACCAUGAAAUCAUCAAGUGCAGAGCAAUUAGCUCAGUUGAGAUUGAGGGCUGUGUAUAUGAGUUCAUGGUUGAUGACAAAAGACUCGAAGUUUCGUGCAAUGUGUACUCCAUUCUUGAUCAAUUAACUGACCAUAUGAAGUCGAUAGCAUACUUUUGCAACAUCCCAAGUCUUUGCUCAGAAUCACCAGAAGUGUAGUGGCAACAAAUCCUUGAAAGUACAAUAUGCGACCAAUAAACAAGAACAACUGCUAUUAACUGUAAGUACAUGAACUCAGCAAAUUCUAAGAUAUACCUGGUGCUCUAAAACAUGGUGCAUAAUCAGUUUCUCUAUGAAAUAUGGAGCGUAGGAGCCACAUGAAUGUGAGUGAUGGUGGACAUCCACCCGCAGCACUCAAUAGUUUCUCAACUCACUCUCGCAGGAUGGGUAUUUAGAGCAUUCCUGCAAUUUUUGCAUUCUGGAUUCUUUAUUACAUGCUUUAUGCCCAGAUGCCUAUGUUCUUUAAACAUUUGAAAUGUUCUUUCAGUAUAGGAUCAUGCAUACUGGAAGUGGCAUCUAUAGAGAAAUAGAUUCAUGGAAAUCUAAAAAGAUUUCUUGAACAAUAAAUUUUGAUCAGUUUGCAGAUAUUGGAAAUGAUUAAACAUACAUGAUUAGACGAUUAAAAA